ACCGGUGACGGUUAUUGUCAAUAACCAGUGAGCUGGGUCGCGAUUGGCUCGAACCCGUGUCCCCGGAGCUCAGGGAGCCACGCGCGAAGGCUGAAGGGAGGAGUGUGGCGGGCGGCCGCGAGCUCGGACGGCCGGCAUGCCUCGGUACGCGCAGCUAGUCAUGGGCCCCGCGGGCAGCGGGAAGGAACUGCUCUGGCCGUCCCAAGUGUUUUCAUAACCACUCCGGGAGUUUGGGCUUGUACUACUCAUUCUACAGAUUGGAGAAGACGAGACACAGAAAGAGCACCUACUGUUCCACCAUGGUUCAGCACUGUGAAGCCCUCAACCGCUCUGUGCAGGUGGUCAACCUGGAUCCCGCAGCAGAACACUUCAGCUACCCGGUGAUGGCUGACAUCAGGGAACUGAUCGAGGUGGAUGACGUGAUGGAGGACGAUUCUCUGCGGUUCGGUCCCAACGGAGGAUUGGUGUUCUGCAUGGAGUACUUUGCCAACAACUUUGACUGGCUGGAGAACUGUCUGGGCCACGUUGAGGAUGACUACAUCCUUUUUGACUGUCCAGGUCAGAUCGAGCUGUACACACACUUGCCUGUGAUGAAGCAGCUGGUCCAGCAGCUUGAGCAGUGGGAGUUCCGAGUGUGCGGAGUGUUCCUGGUGGAUUCUCAGUUCAUGGUGGAGUCUUUCAAGUUUAUUUCUGGCAUCCUGGCAGCUCUAAGUGCCAUGAUUUCUCUAGAGAUCCCACAAGUUAACAUCAUGACGAAGAUGGACCUGCUCAGUAAGAAAGCCAAGAAAGAAAUUGAGAAGUUUCUAGAUCCAGACAUGUACUCUCUGCUAGAAGAUUCAACGGGUGACUUAAGAAGCCAAAAAUUCAAGAAGCUGACACAAGCUGUAUGUGGUCUGAUCGAUGACUACAGCAUGGUUCGGUUUCUGCCGUAUGAUCAGUCGGAUGAGGAGAGCAUGAACAUCGUGCUCCAGCACAUUGACUUUGCCAUUCAGUAUGGGGAGGACUUGGAGUUUAAGGAGCCAAAGGAACAGGAAGAAGAGUCUUCCUCGAUGUUUGAUGAAUAUUUUCAAGAACGGCAGAAAGAGUGAGGUUGACUGCACAGUGACCAUCUAUCUGAUUGUGGCCACUCAGAACACUCCUGGAGGAGGCGACCAUGGGAAGACGCUGCUUGUUGUAAUGUAAACAACACUGGGCUCUCCCUGGAGUGAACCCAGAUUGUGCUCUGAGCUCUGGGACUGCUGCUUCCAAGAGGUUUUAUUCUGACAGCAUCAUUUUGGAUUUAAAAAGAUCAAAGUAGCAAUUCAUACACAAAGACUUGUAUAUAAUAUAAAUCAACCUAUACCCACACAUAUAUCUCGCUCGCUCACGUACGUGUGUGUGUGUGUGUGUGUGUGUGUGUGUGUGU